UCCGCUUUUGGACUCCAGAAUUUGUUCUCUGGGUACAGUCUGCCAACGCUGGAGAGAAGCCUGUGCCUGCAGCUGACUGGCUCCAGGGACGAUGCGGAUCCCACCAUUCCUACCUCUCCCCAUGGAGAGCAACUGGGCUGCCUAUUCGCUUUCACAGACUUUGUGCCAUAUGCUACUGUGGACAGCUGUGCUGAAUCUUGUUGCUGGGACACAGGAUCUCCCGAAGGCUGUGGUGAAACUUGAGCCCCCAUGGAUCCAGGUGCUGAAGGAAGACAGUGUGACACUGAAGUGUGAAGGGACCCACAACCCGGGGAACUAUUCCACCCAGUGGCUCCACAAUGGGAAAUCCAUCUGGAGCCAGGUCCAGCCCAGCUACACGUUUAAAGCCUCAAACAAUGACAGCGGAGAAUACCAGUGCCAGAUGGGGCAGACCGGCCUCAGCGACCCUGUACAACUGGGAGUGAUUUCCGACUGGUUGCUGCUCCAGACCCCUCAACUGGUGUUUGAAGAAGGGGAAACCAUCAUGUUGCGGUGCCAUAGUUGGAGGAACAAACUCAUGACCAAAGUCACAUUCUACAAGAAUGGAAAAUCUGUAAGAUAUCAUCAUUCCUUUGGCAACUUCUCCAUCUCCAAGGCAAAUCACAGCCACAGUGGUGAUUAUUACUGCACAGCACGUCUAGGAAAGUCACAAUACUCAUCAAAGCCUGUGACCAUCACUGUUCAAGAGCCCAGAUCCAACAGGUCUUUACCGGUAUUGACAAUUGUGGCUGCUGUCACUGGAAUUGCUGUAGCUGCCAUUGUUAUUAUCCUAGUAUGUUUGAUCUAUCUCAAGCGAAAACAGGCUCCAGCUCUCCCAGGAAACCCUGAUCACAGGGAAAAGGGAGAUACCCUUCCCAAGGAACUAGGUGAGUACAGCGUGCCCUCUGGGGACUCAGUGCCGGUCAGCCCAGGGCCUCCAUGUGGACUGGAGCCAGCAAGCAGCAGCUCUUACAACCCUUCUGAUCUUGAAGAAGCUGUCAAAACUGAGGUUGAAAAUACAAUCACCUAUUCACUUCUCAAGCAUCCUGAAGCUCCGGAUGAAGAUGCAGAGCCUGAUUACCAGAACCACAUUUAAUCUCUCUUGUCUUGACUUGGGAUUGGGAAAAGCAAACAGGAAGGCCAGGAUCCCCUGGUCAAGGGGAUGCUGUAGAUAUUAAGGAGGCCAUGCACAGUCACCUAUGUGAGUCCUGAAACCAACAGACACUACAGUACUGGUCCCCAGUGGUUGACUGUACUAAUAACUUCUGUGACUUACCACUUCCCAACUCAAGACUCUUCUGCUAUAGAUUCACACAGCCAAUAAAAUUAAUUAACUUACUGUCAUUAACAGAUUGCAGCAACAUGCGAACAGCUUAUGUUACAGGCUACAUGUUAGGAUACAUGAUAAAAUGAACUUGUAUGAACAUGUCAAAAGUCAUGCUUUAGAGUGAUGGAAUUAUAAGGGAUUUUAAUCUUCUUCCUUGUUUUUCUAUAAAGGUCACGUUACUUUUAUUGUAAAAUGUUGUAAAAAAUAGCAUUCUAUCUACCUUUUCAAGGCUGGGGUUAUUAGAAUGUAGACUGAGCUCUCUGGGUUUGUUGGUCUUCUGUGAGAAGAAUCUUGGGAAAAUGGGUUAGCUUUUCCUGGGGAGACAUAAGCAUAAUAAUCAGUGAGUUUAUUUGGCUUAUUUAUGGGAACAUGGGUGAGGGGUUCCUUAUGGAGGUAUGGAUGGUUCCUUGCAGGGCUAUGGGUUUCUUUAAAACAGCAGUCUUAGCACAGAUGACAACUUCUUUACAGUUGCAUAGAUGGUGUCCCCACCCCCUUCAGCGAAUUGAUCUUCCUCAAACUGUCAAUCCUCUUGCCACUAUCCACCACAUCUGGCAUGGCAGUAAUAGAUCGGAGGGAGGGAAA